CUUUUCUGCAUUCCCUCUCUGUCUUUCUUUGCUUGCACAGAGUCUUCUCAUUAGCACAGCAGGGUCACUCGUUCCUCCCUGCCUUUCUACACCGUGUUUUCUAUCUACUUUACUUACAUUCACUGCGUGUGAACCGCUGCCGUGUAUCAAGCACGUUAAUUAUCAGGCAAGAUGCGUUACGUUUCAGCAGUGGCUGUUGCCAUUGCGGCACAGAAGGUCGCGGCCACUGGAUGGUCGACGGGAUCCUUCUCUUGUCCGUCUAACACCAACAACAACUGUUCGACUGCUCAACACAGUGGCUAUGACUGGUCUGGCCUUCAAUCCGGUUCUUUCAGCUCAUAUGGUAGCAACAAAUUCUCCGGUUUUACCUGCAGCGACUCUGCCAGUAAGCAUGGCCCGCUUAUGGCGCGAGCAUUCCGGGACAAGUGCAUCACCGGUAAUCUAGACGACAAGCCAUCGAUGUCCUGUGGGUCUGAUGAGAGCUCUUUCUCGAUAUCUACCUUCCAAAUGAGUUCGAGCGAGGACACCAACUUCGAUUGUGAAUAUGGUAUGCCGGACGGCUCAACUUGCACAGAGACACAUGCCUGCCAGGCCGGUGGGUCCGUGAUCCAGAACACGCAAUGUGGUGGUGCCACCAGCGUCACAUUCAAGCCGGCGGGAGGCAACACAGGCUCGAAUUGCUCCAUUAGCAUCCAUUCGGUGGGCUUUAACUGCGGGUCAGCGCCCAGCACCGUGCCGGUCAGCACCCCUACUUCCUCUAGCAGCUACGUAUCUGCAUCCAGCUCCGUGGUCACAACCAGCUCCGCGGCCUCCAUCGUCACCACUUCUAGCGCCCACAUUUCGAGCACUCCAGGCGCCAGCAGCUCAAGCGCAAGUUCUUCUAUCAUGACCGGUUCUUCAUCCGUCCCGCAGACGACGUCGGAUAUCUACUCCACAAGCCGCCCAUCCAGCGGGCUGUCAAGCACCCCGACGAGCGUAGCGACUUCGCCUGUGUUGAGCACCUCGUCAGCAGUCACCUCGUCGGCAGUCAGCUCGACAUCACCCAGCUCGUCACCACCCAAAUCGACACCACUUAGCUCUACGCCACUGACAUCGGCCGCUACGUCCUCCGUGAGCACCAGCUCAUUCCCGACACUGACCCCACCGUACUCGAGUCUGAAUGCCUCCUCUUCGACAUUGUCGAUGCCUUCGAUUCUGACACCAGGCUCUCCUACGAGCUCGCCGGCUACGUCUUCUCCGGUGACGUUCUCUUCGCUUAGUAGCUCAACUCCAAUAUCUGCUGCCAGCGUUUCCCCAUCAUCGUUAUCAGCAUCCAGCAUUGCAACCGGUCCCACGACGACAGGUCUCGUCACCUCGUACUCCACCAGCACCAUAUACACCACGACUUACGAUACGAUUACGUCGUGUGCGCCUAGUAUUACGAACUGUCCUGCGAACAGCACGGUGAUCGUGACCAAUACUAUUGCUAUUUCAACAACCAUCUGUCCAGUCACUGCAACUGAGACAGGCGCUAUUGACUCGACGCCAGCAAGCUCGACCAUCAUCCCAAGCUCGACCAUCAUUCCAAGCUCGAUCAUUAUCCCAAGCUCGUCCACUCCAGCAGCUUCUGUCGCGGCUGUAAGCUCUUCGCUAUCGACAAUCUUGUCGAGUGCCACCAUCACAUCCUACUCGACAAGCACGAUCUACACCACAACGCAGUCAACUAUCAGCAGUGCCGGUAGCGUGGUCAUAGUCACUGACACGAUUGCGAUCUCCACCACUGUCUGCCCGGUCACAGCCAGCGCCACUGCCAGCGUGGUGCCGGCAGCAAACGCGACUACGCCAACAAGCUCAUCAGCAGCAAACUCAGCCUCGAGCAGCUCGGCUUCUGCUAGCGCAUAUCCAUCGCCAAACUGCCCGGAUCUCCUGCCUAAGUGCUUGAACACCUGGCUGCAUGAGACCAACUGCACGGAUAACACCGACUCUAGCUGUUACUGCGAGGACAACCAAUUCAUUACGCACGUUAUGGGCUGCAUCAGCGCCUGGUCUGGUUCCGACAACAGCACAAGCGCAGCCGCAAGCUAUCUCCAGGGCAUCUGUGCCCCGUACGUGCCUCAAAACCCUGCGAUCAUCACUGCCUGCCCUUCAAGCAUCGUUCCGGCAACGGCAACAUCAGUCACCCCUUCCUCAUCGACAGUCGAUGCUGUCUCGUCGGCUCCCGUGCUACCGUCCACUAUCACGGUUUACUCUACGCAGGAGAUAACAAUCACAAGUUGUGGCCCAGAGGUUACGAACUGCCCAGCUCGUUCGACGGUCAUUGCCACGACGUCAGUGCCUGUGUCUACUACGGUCAUCACGCCAAGCUCUUCAGCCUACGUUUCAUCUUCGUCAGCGGCUGUGGCGCCCGUUUCUUCGGUGCCCGCGAUCCCGUCGACUGUCACAAUCUACUCCACGCAGGAGGUCACCAUCACCUCCUGCGCUCCUGAUGUGACCAACUGUCCGGCGCGCUCAACCGUCAUUUCUACAACAUCAGUGGCUGUUUCGACCACAAUCAUCACACCGAGCUUUGCGCCAUUCACUCCUUCCUCGUCCGUGGUUUCUCCGGUCUCUUCGGCACCAGCUGUCCCAUCAACAGUCACCAUCUACUCUACGCAAGAGGUAACGGUCACCUCCUGCGGUCCGGAAGUAACCAACUGCCCUGCUCGUUCGACUGUCGUCUCUACGACUAUGGUGCCGAUCUCCACAAGCAUCAUUCCCGUUGCGAACAUCAGCACGCCCGCACCGUCAUCGACCCCAGUCACGACGCCUGCACCUGCUGGUCCGUCGACCGUCAUCACAUACUCGUCCCAAGUUACCGUGCCGGCAACAUACAGCACUGGUGUAUCCGCAGGCCUUACAAUGGCAAACAGCAGCGUCGUGAGCACCCUGCAUACCACCGUGACGGUGCCCCAAGUACAGUUCACAACCUCUACCGUGGUCAUCAGCGGGCAGACUAGCCUUUCGACUGGUCUUGGUGCCGGCAGUCCGAGCACGGUCUAUGCACCUUCGACGGCGGCUGUACCUGCUGUGACAAGCGCUAGGGCGCCAUCCAGCGCUCCAGCUUACUCGACUACGAUGGGCACGGCUUACAGCUCGAGCAGACCCUCGUCGGUGGCAACAUACAGCCCAACAGUCGUGCCAUUCACCGGCGCUGGAACAAAGUCUUUGGGUUCGAGUAUGGCUGGUUUGGCACUGGGUGCCAUUGCCGCUCUCGCGCUCAUGUAGAAGGGUGGCUUAAGUGCCUAAUAGUCUCUGUUUCAUUGCAUAUGGUGGGACACUAUAAUGACGGACAUGUUGUGCUCACAUCACCGGAGAGCAUUAGACCAUCUUGUUGAUUCCGGCGUUGCAGCUUGGCUCUGCUCGGUAAAGGUCGUUGAACGGCUUGGGUAAUGAGUGUAGCAUUAGCAACGAGGUACAACUGUUAUGCACAUAACGCAAUCACUUUUAACAUGGUCGUGUCAGCCAGCUCGCACCAUCUGUGCCACUCUGAUCUCAGGUCAGAUGCCUUCUCCAAACGCUAGCAUCGGCUGUCCCAGUAGCUCAAGCCAAGCACUCAGACUAGGGAACUGUUCUUUCUGUCAAUCUAAUGCCGUGCCACGACACCCACCACCAAUCAAUUCUCCAUCAAGCUCCUGUACUCGC